AUGUUUCCUUCUGAUGCUGUCUGUGUGGGCCACCUCUCUCCUGACCUGGACUCGGUCGCCGCAUCCAUAGCAGCAUGCGAGCUGUAUGGAGGAACUCCGGCAGCAACAGGGGCGUUCAACUCUGAGACGAGGUUUGCCUUGAAGCACUGGGGGGUCCAGGGCCCACAAGCGCUGGAGGACCUGAGGAGGGAUGAAGCAGGAGGACGAGGGAUGAAGUUCCUGCUAAUCGACUUCCAACAGACGACUCAACUUCAUCCCUCCAUCGCCCACCAUGAGGUGGUUGGCGUGAUCGACCACCAUGCUCUUCAGUCCCAGACGGUAGUCACGUCGAAAGCCAUUCCGGUGCAGAUCAAACCGUGGGGGAGCGCGAGUGCGAUCGUUGCCUUUGAGUUCUUCUCCAAGAAGCUGCAGCCCAAGAGGUCUACCAUGGGCCUGAUGCUCUCAGCCAUCCUGUCGGACACCCUGAACCUCCGAUCGCCAACCACGACCUCCUGGGACAGGAAGAUGGCUCACAGGCUCGCGGAGGAGACAGGGUACCAGAGCCUCGACGAGCUUGCGAGCCUGCAGUUCAAGGCCAAGUCGGAAGAGCUUGCAGCGAUGGACCCGGAGGAUCUCAUAGCCAACGAUCUCAAAGUGUUCGAACUUGAUGGAAAGAGCUUCCAAGGGAAGCUGGCGAUCUCGGUGAUCGAGACGACAGAUACCGAGCCAGUCCUCGCACGUGUUGAGUCCCUGAGAAGCACGAUGGCGAAGAUGAAAGCGCAUAAGAAGGUGGAGAUCAUGCUGGUGUUUGUUGUAGAUAUUGUGCGGUUGAAGUCUGUCGCCAUCGUACUUGGGGAUGACGAGAGGAGUCUUGUGAUGGCCUCGUUCUCCGGAGCAAAGGAGAAGACAAGCCAGCUUAUUGACAUCGGGCCUAGAGUAUCAAGAAAGUCGGACAUGGUGCCACCUAUCACAAAGGCAAUCGUUGAUGAUGAAUGGAGCUCUCAUCGAAGUUCGCAUAGAGAACUUUGA